UAGUGGAGUCGGGAAAGACUCGACAUGCGGCUAACGGUAGAUUUUUACCGUUUUAUUUGCAUUAGGAGAAUUGCUAUCUAGACAAAUUUACAAACGUUUAAAGUAUGGCUAGUGGUUCAGAGGAAGAUGCGUUAAAAGAAUGCCCACAAGGCUCAGAGUUGAGGCGGGCUCGGCCUCCAAGUAAGAAGAAGCUGGAAGAUGAAGUCGAGGGUCUCAUGGUUCAAAUCCGACAGAAGGAAACAGAAAUUAAAUCGUUUGGCGCAAGCAGCCAGAUAUCUGAUUCGAAGAACAUCCGUGCCGAGAAAGAGGCCACGAUAGAGAGGAGAAAGAAGGUGGACAAUGAUUUGCGAGCUUUAAACCUGGCCAUAACACAGAAGAUGGGUGGUUUGUCAAAGUUACAGUCAAAUCUACGCUACAAAGCCGAAGACCGACACAAUGAAGCAAUCAGGAAACUAGAAUGGAAUUUAAGAGUCCAGAAUUUUAAAAUUUCUGAGGAAAAGAAGAUUGUUGCUGAAAUCGACAGUCUGAAAAGAUCAAAGAAAAGUUUAGACCAGUACAUGACAUUAAAGAAAGAGAUAGAUGGAAUGAGAGACAGGCAAAGAAGAAUGAGAGAAGAACGAGAUCACUACUUCAAAAAGGUCAAUGAGUUGAAGCAUAGAGAAGAUGGAGCAAGAAAGAAAAGAUUCACAGACAAAACCAGAACAGAGAUAUUGAAAAAAGAAAUUGAUGAAUUGUAUGAGAAGAAGCGAUCAAUGGUUGGAGAAUUUCACAAACAGCGACAGGCGUUCCAGGACGGCCAGAGACGAUAUCGUCAAGAGAGUUUCAAAAAACGAGAAGAGGAAAGAAAAGCACAACAGAGAGAAAUUGAUGACUUUGAGAGCGAAAAAGAACCGUUUGAAGAAGACAAACUGUUGUGUAAUAUGCUAUUUAACUACCUGCAACGGUUCACCCAGAAUUCCGAUUCCGACAUCACACCAGCUCAAACACCAACGGAUGAAAACCUUCCCUCUAUUGGUGUCUGUGGUCCGGCUGAGGAGUUGGAAGAUGGGGCAUAUGUACUUUUGAGAAAAUCUGAUGACCUUGAAUCGGAAUAUAUCGGAACCUGUCGACGGCCCAGUCGAAAGAAUCGACGCAGCAGGAAGCAGUCAAUGACGAAACCCAUCACACACACUCCCGAGGUGAUCAGUCAGUUUGCGGCUCUCAACCUGACGGCUCCGUCCAGCGCUUAUGAGGUCACAGCCGCCAUUGAACAGCUUCAAGGUCGAAAGCUGUAUUACGAACAGCGCCUGCGAGACCACCGCAGCAUGGACACAGACUCAUUCGACUUCUCCUUCUCUGGCUCCAGCAGCUGCAGCUCGAGCAUGUUUUCCUCGUCCAUGCGUGCGCGCGCCGACACCUGGGGCUUCAUGGGCGAGCCUCACCCGAUAGCGGAGGAGAAUUCUCAGAGCGAGGCCGGCGUGUCAGCGACAGAGAGCGUCGUCUGCGAGAUGUCGCGCCAGGCCAGUAAGACGGAGAGCUGCGAGAGCGCCUGCGAUACGCGCCCCAAUGACCACAUCAUGGACGAGCUGAUCGCCAUGAGCACCACAAUGUGUUGCCGUGACAACCUGGAACAACCAAAAUGUGCCUUCUCCAGCAGCCCAUUGUCUCUGUCGGACAGUUCGGACACCCCGAGAGACUCGCUUGUCGACGGUAACGGGUAUUUGUGCGACUGUAACAAUUCCGACGGAACGACGACAACUACAUCCUGUGAUUCCACACCAAACCAUGGACAGUCGUCAUGUGACUGCUGCACACCGAGCCAAUCGCUGAUGAGAACGGACACGCAGAGUAACGACAAUGUCUGUUCAACCAGUACAGACAAGACAGACUGCAAAACUCAGUGUUGUGAUAGAGAUACCAAUAAUGUGAUAAUGGAAACAAAGACUUCGUUGUCAUCGCCACACGCCGCCACAAGUGUAAAAUUACCUGAUCCCCACUCGGCGAUAGCAGGGCCCGGUACGAGGGAUGUUGUUAAUCAGGUGUCCGAGCUGACCACAGGGGGAGACAACCCCCAUGUUGAUUGUGUCAAGUCUUGAUGAUACGUCUCUUAGCAUAGCAUGUGGCGUCGUGGCAAUGUAUUUUAAGUCUUAGUGUUUGUUUUCUCGGAAGUGAGCUGGCCUGGUCCUUAUAAAACCUUUAGAGUCUAGACUCGAGACUCUAAUAGAGUCUGAGACAGGAACGCCAUGGCAACGCCAUACAAAUUGCGUGUGUGAUUGAGAUUGAGUCUGGACUCUAAAAGUUUUAUAAGCACGGGCCCUGGUUAUGGGAAUUGUUGCUGUCGAACACAUUGUUAGUUUACGACAAUAUGCAUGUGUGAAUAAGAUGCUGAGUUUACCAGCCUUUUUUCCAUUCCAUUCUCCUUCCUCUGUAUCAAGUCAAAAAAUAAUUAAAGGUACAUGAUCUUCUUACAAACUUUGUAUAAUAUUUCCAGCUAGAACGUAUUUCUUUGCAACCUCGCCUGACCUCAAACCAAAUGCAUGUCCACCAUUUGAAGUGCCCUUUUUAAUUACUUGAAAUUUAUCGUUGUAUUUUCCCCACAAAAAAAUUAAGCAACUUAUUGACAGUUUAAAAAAAUAUAUAAAUUAUCUUUCAAACUGUAUGUCAAUUUACUUUAACAAUUUAUCAAUAAUAUAUUAUACACACUUGCCUGUGCCAAAUGUAUUGAGUACCAGUAUAUCGUACACAAAUGCCUGUGCCAAAACAUCCCCAAUUGUCAGUACGAUAAAUUAAACAAGAACGGACAUCUAAUCUAUCUCAUUGCAUUGAAACAAUGUAUCAAAUAUAUUAUACACACAUGCUUGUGCCAAAACAUCCUAAAAUGACAAUACCAUAAAUUGAAUGAAAAUGGUCAUUAUUUCAUUGCAAUUGCAGUUAAAAAGUAUAGUUGAUUAUAAAAUACUUAAAGGGACAGACCCUAGUUUUUUAAACUAAGCCAUAUUUUUCAUUAUUAGAGCCAUUUAUGAUCACUGAAAUCGAAACUUUACUUAUAUUUUAUUGGUUAGCUUAUUCAUUUCCAUGCAACCAAACUUUUUCUGGUCAUCUGGGUGUUUGUAAUAGCACAAAAUUCAUUUUUCACAUUUUUAAAAACACACGUGGGUCUGAGAAGUAAAGGUUAUGGUGUCGCGUUUUAGUCUAUUUUUAAGGGUAUUUCAACGUCACAGACUCUUGUUU